AUGAAGGGGUUAGCCAUCCUACUGCUGCUGUCCUCAGCGCUGCAGAGCUGCACCGCUGCUCCACCGUUGGAGCCCGUGACCUGCAUGAAAAAUGGUAGUGCUGCAGCGGCACGUGCAGCAACACAUCAGAUCAACGAGAACCACGAUCACGGCUACAAGUUCAAACUCAAUGUGAUCCAAGGCCACAAAAUACAAAAGGUUUUUGGAGGCUGUGACAUUGAUUUGAAGUUGGACCUUCUGGAGACAGAGUGCCACAAGGUCCACCCCACACACUUUGAGGACUGUAUUAUCUAUGGAGAGGAUGAACGGGAAGUGAUGGCUAACUGCAGCGUAAAGAUGACUGUCAGAAAUGGUUAUGCCCAAGUCACCAAGUAUGAGUGUGGCACGCGACAAGCUAAAACUGCAAGAGAGAUGGUGACGAUCUGCGCUGACUGCCCCACAAUGAUCUCACUCACCAGCCCUAAAGGUCUCAAGGGUGUUCAACAAGCAGUGCAGAAAUUCAACCAGAACACCACCAACCAGCACUACUACAGCCUGCAGGAAGUGGGACGGAUGACAACGGGGUACAUAAUGAACGUAGGGAUGAACUACUAUGCUCAGAUUGUCCUUGUGGAGAAUAGUUGUCCAAUGGGAUCCACUGAGGAAUGCUACCCCAUCUGCCCUGACCGAGCUCAUCAUGCUUUCUGCCGUAUGUCUUACUCCAACGCACGGGGAAUCAGGUCUCUUGAGUGUGAAUACUUCCCUCCAUCGAACACUGAUCCCCUCCAGCCUCAUCAGCUGGAGCCCAUAUGUAUGGACCCCCCCCCUCCAACCCCAUAA